ACAGUGGUGGGGGACUUUUUGGUGCUUGCGUGAAGACCUUUGCUGUGGCUUUGCACCUGCUGUCCUGGGGAACGGGUGUGAAUUUGGAGCAGGGCUCGUUGUCCUUGGCUGGAAUGCGAUGCGUAGAAUCACAGAACACUUUGUGUUGGGGGGACAUUCCCAGCUCCCCAGUGCCCCCCCUGCCAUGAGCAGGGACGUCUGCACCAGCUCGGGGUGCUCAGAGCCCCGUCCAGCCUGGCCUAACCCUCGGUGUUAAAAUAUUUCUUUCUCAUGUCCAGCCUGAAUCUCCCUUUAGUUUAAAAACUGAAACAGUGUGGUUUGCCUAGGAUUUGUGCUUUCUGGUGAGGAAUUACAGCUGGAGAGUAUCUUCUUGCUAAGAUAGGGGUGGUCUGAUUUAGUUGGUAAAGUGUGUUGGGCACAUGGUGGACAGGUGGGAAGAAUGAGGAUGGGAAAUGUCACUUUUUUGAGCCUCAUCUCCAGGAAGGUUUCUAAAUCCCGUUGGAAGCAGUCCUGGGAGCAGCUGGGACAGCUCUGGGCCCGUCAGCAUUUGCUCACAACCAGCAAACCCUGCUCCCCUUCUCUGAAAGGAAACCCCGGUGCUCAGGGCUGAAAAUCCACAGCUGUUUCAGAAAACGUGGCUUCCUAACUUAAUCCUUCUAUCCAUGGAGAACGUAAAUUAAUAAUUAACCUCUGCCAUCAUUCAGUCCACACCAGAGAGAGUAGGCAGUGUGUGUCUUGUUUGGCUGUAGUUCUCCCUAGGAUUUCCGUGUGGCUUUGUUUGUUUUUUAAUCUUUGUUGUGUGCUCACCGCUCUGUGUUCUGUGCAGGGAGCACAGGCUUUGAGACACGGUUUGUGUGAGUGUGCUAAUUCUUUAUUUGACUUUUACUGACUUGUUUCCUUUGUCAGCAAGUGCAGCUGACUGUGCUUUGAAGGCAGGUACCUGGUUCCUGUGUCCUGCUCUAAACCAGCAGUAACAGAGAUGUGGAAAAAAUGAAUCAAGCGGAUUUGCUAACUACUGGUCCACAGAAUAAAUACCCACAGUGGAUGCUUAUACAGAAGCAGGAUGGAGCUGUGAGUGCUCAAAAGAAGUGUGCUGUUCAGAGGAGCGUUUUGGAAGAGGGGCUGCCGUUCCUGGAGUUCAGCGGCUCCAUCGUUUACAGCUACGAAGGCAGUGACUGUUCCCUUCUCUCGGAAGAUAUCAGGCAGAGUUUAUCAGAUGGGGCCGCUGUUGGGUUUGAUAUUGAAUGGCCACCGUCAUAUACUAAAGGAAAAAUGGCAAAAAUAGCUGUAAUCCAGAUAUGUGUGACUGAGGACAAAUGCUACUUGUUCCACGUCUCCUCCAUGUCAGGUUUUCCCAAGGGACUCAAAAGGCUGCUCGAAGAUGAAACAAUUAAAAAGGUUGGCGUAGGAAUUGAGGGAGAUCAAUGGAAGCUGAUGAGUGACUUUGAAAUCCAGCUGAAGAGCUUUGUGGAGCUGGCUGACCUGGCUAAUGAGAAACUGAAGUGUAAGGAGUUAUGGAGCCUAAAUGGUCUGGUAAAGCACCUUUUUGGGAAGCAGCUUUUGAAGGACAAGUCUGUCCGCUGCAGUAACUGGGAAGAAUUUCCACUCAACGCGGAGCAGAAGCUGUAUGCAGCCACAGAUGCCUACGCUGGCUUCAUCAUUUAUCAAAAACUGAAAAAUAUGAGUAACAGGGACUGGAAAUUAUUUGGUUUAAGAAGAGGUGAUAUGUCGUCCAAAGACGUGAAGGAGCACUUGACUUCUCUAGCCGAAGAGAUAACAGGCCUGGCUUCUCGCAUCCCUGACUCUUCUGGACAACUUGAACAUGUGCAGAGGGCUGCAGAAAUAUUAGCUGACUUAAGAGAGAAUGUCAAGGCCUUAAGAAACAUGCUGUGUGGUGGUUCAGCUUCCCCCUCUGUAUUGCGGAGGAGCUGCGGUGCAACUCCAGCUACAAAACUUGAAGUGGAGUCAGGAAACGCUGAAGCACAGGAAGCUGAAAUGCCUGGAUUUGCUAAAACACAUGAAGGCGACUGGAACAUGUGCUCUGACGCUCUGCUGGCUGGCCUCUGGGAAGAAGAUGUGGAUGGGGAAGAGGCAGAGAAAGGUGAAGCUGUUGUGGAAGACGGGGCUGCAGCAGCCAGAGCAGAGGGAGAUGACUUCAUGUCACUGGACAUCACUGAGCAAGAGCUCCAGAUCCUGGAGUGUCAAGCUGCUGAACAAUUUUGCAACGAAGCUGCACCUGAGGAAGCAUGUUCCACAGACAACGAACAGAAUAUUUCCUGUGUCAUUGAAAGCGAUGAAGAACUGGAAAUGGAGAUGCUUAAAUCUUUAGAGGAUGUAGACAAUUCUAAAGGAGCUUUGGCCGAAGGAGAGUCCAGUAAAGCCAGGAAAACUCCUGACACAGAGCUGGAUGCUGUGCUGGAUGCUGAGGAAGAUGAAGGCAUUGAGGAAGAAGAGGAGGAACAUAUGGAUCCGUUUCUGCCAGUACCCAGUGAAAGCCAAAUCACGUGUCUGAAGACUUAUUUUGGGCAUUCUUCUUUUAAACCGGUCCAGUGGAAAGUGAUCCAUUCUGUUUUGGAAGACAGGAGAGAUAAUCUUGUUGUCAUGGCAACUGGAUAUGGGAAAAGCUUGUGCUACCAGUUUCCUCCCGUUUACACUGGAUUCGUAGGAAUAGUCAUCUGUCCUCUUAUCUCCUUGAUGGAGGACCAGGUGCUGCAGCUGACGAUGUCAGGAGUUCCAGCUUGCUUUCUUGGUUCGGCUCAGUCGCAAAAGAUCAAAGAAUGCAUCAAAGCGGGUCAGUACAGAGUCAUAUAUAUGACUCCAGAGUUCUGUUCAGGCAACUUAAAGUUACUUCAGGAUCUUGACCAAACUAUUGGGAUCACCCUCGUGGCUGUUGAUGAAGCUCACUGCAUUUCCGAGUGGGGCCACGACUUCCGAAAUUCCUUUAGAAGUUUAGGCUCGUUGAAGGAGGCUCUGCCAUCGGUCCCCAUUGUGGCUCUAACAGCGACUGCGAGUCCGUCCAUCAGAGAAGACAUCGUCAGUUGCCUGAACCUGAGGAAUCCCCAGGUCACCUGUACCACUUUUGACAGACCUAACCUGUACUUAGAAGUUGGGCGGCAAAGUGGCGAUAUCCUCAGGGAUUUGAAGCAGUUCCUUACUCGGAAAGGAAGCAGUUCUGCCUAUGCGUUUGAAGGCCCCACGAUCAUCUACUGCCCAUCAAGAAAAGCCACGGAGCAGGUUGUGUCCGAGUUGGUGAAGCUGAAGGUGGCCUGUGGCGCGUACCAUGCGGGCAUGGGAAUCAAACAGAGGAGGGACACCCAUCAUCAGUUCAUGAGGGAUGAAAUUCAGUGUGUUGUGGCUACGGUGGCGUUCGGAAUGGGCAUCAACAAAGCAGAUAUCCGCAUGGUUAUUCAUUACGGUGCCCCUAAGGAGAUGGAAUCCUAUUAUCAAGAGAUCGGGAGAGCUGGCCGUGAUGGGCUUCCUGCUUCUUGUCAUGUCCUGUGGACUGGGACGGACUUGACCUUUAACAGACACCUUCUCAGUGAGAUACGCAAUGAAAAGUUCCGCUUGUACAAAUUGAAGAUGUUGGCAAAAAUAGAGACUUACCUUGUGUCGAACGGCUGCCGGAGGAAAAUCAUCCUGUCUCAUUUUGAAGACAAGCAGCUUCGAAAGGUCUCCGGCAUCACGGGCACAGAAGAAUGCUGCGAUAAUUGCAGGUCCAGAGCUGCUGGUUUUGCAGCCCCCAGCGACUCGGAGGGCGGUUUGCAGGACUUCGGGAAGCAGGCGCAUCAGCUGCUGUUAGCGGUGAGCGCCCUGGAGGAGAAGUUCGGAACCAGAGUUCCCAUCUUGUUUCUCCGAGGAUCUAGCUCUCAGCGGCUGCCGGAGCGGUUCCGCCGGCACCCCCUCUUCGGCAGCGGCAGGGGCUGGCCCGAGAGCUGGUGGAGGCUGCUCAGCCAGCAGCUGAUACUGGAAGGGUUCCUCAAAGAAGUCUCUGGCUGGAGCAAGUUUGCAACCACGUGUGCGCUUACCCAGAAGGGUAGAAAUUGGCUGUUAAAAGCUGGAUCUGACUCAAAUCCAAGUCUUCUAUUGCAGUCCAGCGAAGACCUUAAUCUGCAGAAGCCUCCUAGAAGCGGCAGAGCUUUCCCCGCGCUCUCGACGCAGCGCUCCCUGGACACCAAGGGCUCUCCAGUCAAGCAGCUGUCUCUGUUUGAAAUGUUUUCAUGUGAGGGGAAAGGUAAAAGUCCUUCAAGAAGCAAUAACACGCUUAACAGGGUUCCAGAGCACUUGCAGGUGAAGUCUUCUCCUUUGAAGCCCCCAGAAUCUGCUGUUUCAUGCCGAGAAAAAGAACUAGAGACUGCUCUGUAUGGCAAGCUGCUGACUGCUAGACAGAAGGUAGCUAAUGAGAAGGAAAUUCCUCCAGCUGUCUUGGCAACCAAUAAGAUCCUGGUGGACAUGGCCCGAAUAAGGCCUACGACUGUUGAGAACGUGAAGAGAAUUGAUGGUGUAUCUGAAGCAAAAUCCACCAUGCUGGUCCCUCUCCUGGCUGAGAUUAGGGAUUUCUGCCAAGCAAAUGGUUUGCAGCCGGACACAUUCCCCCCGUCUGGAUCUAAAGAUGAGAACGCAGCAUCUCCCUGGCGGCAGACUAGAGCCCUCUCUCCCUCAGAGCAGGUCACCUACGUCCUGUUCCAAGAGAAGAACCUCUCGGUGAGCACCAUCAGCGAGACGAGGUCUCUGCCCGUUUCGGAGGUCGGCAUGCAUCUGUUCCAAGCGCUGAAAGCUGGCUGCCCGCUGGACCUGCAGCGCGCAGGUUUGACUCCCCACAUUCAGCAGAUGGUUUCUGACGUUAUCCGUAAUCCUCCCAUCGACUCGGACACCACCAAAAUUCAAGCAAUUAGAAAGCUUGUUCCUGCAAAUAUCGACCUGUAUCUCAUCAGGAUGACCAUUGUGCUAUUGGAGAAAGAAAACAGAAAUAAGUCUCGGGAUGGCUCAAGUGUCAAAAAGAAGUUGGUGUGGUCAGAUGGGCAGCAGGAAAAAACAGGAGCAGAUCAAGCAAGCAAGGAAGAUGCCUCAUGGAAUGAAACAAAGGGUAAUUCAAUCCAUCCAGCGUUGCAGGAAGGAGCUGAGAAAAUGCAUCUGCAAAAGGGGCCUUCAGCUUUGAGGCUGUUUGGCUGCCUUUGCUCUUGGAGAUACAGGGUUGGGCGAGUUUGGAUGCUGGUGGCAUCAAGGAUCUCUAUAUUUAUAGAAACACAAGCUGUGAGUUUAUAUACAGUUUAUAUACACAUUUUGUGUCUGACAGUACUUCUUGCUGUACCACCUGCUGCAGUUUGCAGCUGGAUAUUUAUAUGAGGGUGAAACACAAUGCACACCAGUGGUUACUCGUGGUGUAGGCAGCUGAUCCACGUCCCUGAAGCGAAGGCAGGUGUGACUUACACAGCACCUGUCUUACCAUGGUACAGAAGGAUCUGCUUGCUUGCUGGUGUGUUCUGUCACUGGUCACACAGCGGGGCUGCAG